AUGUCUACGAAGGCCAACAGGACUGAGUCCAGAAAAAGAAGAGAAUCGGAAAAGGAUAGUUCAUGGACUGAAAAAAUCUUCAACCACAAAUCCUAUGUCACCUUCCUUACUGGCUGCUACAGUUGCCACUGGAAAUUCAGACAGUGGGAAAAAACCAAACUUGGAUCGUGUUGCUGUUCUUGGACAGAGCAAGUCUGUUGUGUAGUCCUGGUCAUUUCAUUUGUCUUAUCUGUGAUUUUGCUGUUUGUGUGGAUAGAAAUCUCAAAUGAAUAUUUCGGCUUUGAUUGGGUCAUUUUUCUAGGAACAGGAAUCUGGGUCUUCGGUUCCAUAAUUUUUCUGAGUAUACUUGGGACCCUGACUGCCUAUACUUCAUUGCUGGUGAUAGUUGGAAUCUUGUUGCUUCGGGAAAGAAUCGAACUGUACCUGCACAAGUGUCAUAAGGUUACGAUUGUACUGGCAAUUCUGCUGCACAUGCUUUUACUGUUUGCUCUGUUUAAAUUCUGGAAAGACAAGUGGCUGACAGUUGGGCUGUCACUACAGAUCUUUGCUCCCUACAUUCACCUGUGCUGCAUUACGGUGAUGAGUCUCCUUUCCUGGCCUGUGGCCUACUGUGUGAUCUAUUUGGAAACAGAAGUUAGAAUAAGAAGAUACAGGACAACGUAUUACAAGGAAGAAAUGCUCAAGAGAUGUAAUAUAUUCACAAGGUUAAGAGCUAUACAGGUAGCUGUUGGAUUGCCUUUUCUUCUUAUCCUUGUAUGUCUUUAUUUGAUGCCACUGGGGAUUCAUUCUCCCUGCAUUCAGGAAAAGGAGGAUUUGGGACCCAAACCAGUCUUCUUUGCACAUAGAGGUGCACCCAUGCAUGGACCAGAGAAUACCAUGAUGGCCUUUGAGAAAGCUGUGGAAUUUGGGGCUUAUGGGCUGGAGACUGAUGUACAGUUAAGUUUUGAUAAUGUGCCUUUCCUCAUGCACGACUAUGAUCUGAGAAGAACAACCAAUAUCAGGGAGGUCAAGCCCGAAGUUGCAAAUGAUCGUCCUGUCUUCUUCAAUUGGACAUUCCUGUCAACUCUGAAUGCAGGCAGAUGGUUUCUAGAUCCAUGGCGCAGACCGUAUUUCAAUAUGCCAUACCAAUCAGAGGCUGAUAAACGCAGAGCAAGAAAUCAGUCAAUUCCAAAACUAGAUGAUUUGUUGGAACUUGCAAAGAAGGAAAAUAAAUUUGUGAUAUUUGAUCUUUAUGGCCCUCCAGCAAAACAUCCUCUCAGACACUCAUUUGUCAAGCAUGUAACAAAGGUGAUCCUUGACUCUAAAAUUGAGCCACAUCUGAUUUAUUGGUUGCCAGGCUAUGAUAGAGGGUACGUCAGAGAAAAUGCUCCUGGUUUUCGAAUGGUGGGCCGUUUAUACACCAUGGAAGAACUUGAAAAGGAAAAUAUCAGUACAAUAAAUGUUGACUACAAGAAUUUGUUCUACAGGGGGUUUAAAGAUUAUAAAGCAGCUAACAUCAACAUCAACUUAUACCUGGUCAACGAGCCUUGGCUCUUCUCACUGGCCUGGUGCUCCAGGAUUGACUCGGUGACCACAGACAACAUUCCGCUCCUGAGUCAGCUUGAUUCCCCUCACUUCUUCAUGACACCAGGAUACUAUAUGUUCAUGUGGCUUAUCAUGGAUAUUAUUUCUGCAGUUUGCAUUGGUGCAGAAGAUGACAUGUGA